GUGUAGUAUUUAUUUAAAAUGGACGAUCCUCCUUCCGGUUCUUUGGGAGACAGUACAGGGUUUAAUACAGGCCCUGAGAUAUACAGCAAUAUUAUAACAAACAUUCGUAUGCUAUCACAUCCAAUCUCAUGCCUCGUUCACAUCAUGUUUAAACUGGCCAUUCUCGCAUCAUACAUCAUAUUUCCUUAUAUAAUCGGACUGUUUACCGGAAUAAUUCCGGAUUUCAUAAUUGUCUUUGCCCUCAUCUCGCUUUUGGUUUUCGUAGAUUUCUGGGCGGUUAAAAAUUACACUUCCACGACUAUCGCAGGGAUAGCUUGGUACUAUCACAUAAAAGACAACGGUGCAUACACCGCUAUCAACAAGCGCAUAAAAGAAGAAGUAUUCUUGAAUAAGACAGAAACACAAUAUUUCUGGGUAGUUCUAUACAUCUGGCCCACUCUAUGGGCUCUAAACAUAUUAUUCAAGCUUACUAUGUUUAAUUUCCCACCGCUUGUACUGUCAACUAUUAUCUUUUUGGGAGGAUUUCUCAACCUCUAUAACUGCAUAUAUUGUUCACAAGAUAAACGCGAAAAAUUCAUAUCCUUACACAACAAGUUCACUAAUUUGAUGGAAUCGAAGUUUUAAAACACAUGUUCACUAGAAAAGAUUGGCCAAUGCGUUUUACUCGGGACCCUUUGGAGUCUGGCUGAGUUUAAACUUUUUGAAAUUAGUCUUAUCACGGCAGUGAGUAUCAAGAUCAACUCCACCAACACAAUCGGAUAGAGCUGGCUUACAAUUCUUCUCAAAACACUUUACACAUCCAGCAGCGCAACUAUCAUUCAUGCAGGCAACCUUACAAUUCUUAACACUGCACUUGACACUUUCCGCAAAGCAACUGACACAUCCUGCAUCAACACCUUGGACACCAAAUUGACCAAGCAACUGACCAAGAUACUUGGAAUAGAGAUCGACACUUUGAUCUCCGGCUUUCUUGCCAAAGUGUUGACCUACAUGACUCAUAAUAGCAGUGGUUUUGAACAAAGCCUUAAGUUGAGCCUCAUCUCCAUCAACUUUUACCAUUCCUAGUGUCUUGAGAUCACCCUCACCACAUUUUCCAUCGCAGGCAACCAUGGUUGCAGCUAUGAAUGAAAUUAGAGAAGUUAAAGCUGUAAUUGAAGAAACCAUUUUGGUGCACAAAAACAAAUUUAGAUAGCUAUUAGCGACUGAGUUGCAAUUUUAACAAUUUGGAACAAUUUUUUAUCUGUAGAACAAUUUAUUGUAACC